UCCUCCCCCUUUGGUUGUACAACAACGAGACACAUGACACCACACGCGACACUUUUCACCAGGUUGACAUUACACAAGCCGCUUGUCCCUCAGCCUCUUUUACCAUGUGGGCAUCACCUUUCUAGUCCGGGCCGUGAGCCACCUCACAUUUCAUGUGCCCCUCUUCCCACUUCGCUUCACUUUUCCUAAAGCAUCUCGAGAAGUCGUCCGGGAGGUCAUCAUGUAUUCCAUCCAGGAGUGGCUCUCAGCAGUUGCCGCGGGGCUUUUUGCCCUGCAUGUGCUGCAGAAACUGUUUUUUCCCUACUUCUGGAAGGAUGUUACCUUUUUGUGGAAGAUCAUCACCUACGGCAUAAAACUGGAGCUCUGCAAACUGACCUCCAAGGUGGUGACUGUGGUGGACACGUUCGUGGAACAGGCACAGCGUAUCCCGGACAAAGCUUUCCUUAUUUACGAGGGAGUGGUACACACGUACCGAGACAUUGAUGAGCGUAGUAACAGAGUGGCCAACGUGUUCCUGAAGCAGGGAACCUUGAAGAAGGGGGACUGCGUGGUGCUCCUCAUGAACAACGAGCCCGACUUUGUCUCGGUGUGGUUCGGCCUGACCAAGGUGGGAUGCGCCGUCGCCUUUCUGAACACAAACAUCAAGUCAAAGUCGUUGCUGCAUUGUUUCAACUGCUGUGGGGCCAAGACCCUUGUUGUUGGCGCAGACCUGAUAGAAUGCCUGGAGGACAUUCUACCCAGCCUGCGCGAGGAUAACAUUGAUGUGUGGGUGAUGAAGAGGGAGAAUGGAGGCUGCACCCAAGUCCAAACCCUGCUAGACCAGAUCGAUUGUGCCUCGGACCGGCCCGUUCCAGCCAGCCUGCGUGCCGCCACCUCCCUCAAGACCCCCAUCCUGUACAUCUUCACCUCCGGGACCACCGGGCUUCCCAAGGCUGCGGUGAUCACCCACUUGCAGACGUUGAAGGCGGCUGCAGGCUUCUGGGCGUUUGGUGGAAGGGAAGAUGACGUGGUGUACGUACCUCUCCCUCUGUACCACAGCGCCGCCUCCAUGAUCGGGAUAGGAGGAACCCUGCAGCUGGGUGCCACAUGCAUCUUGAAGAAGAAGUUCUCAGCCAGCAAAUUCUGGAGUGACUGUAGGAAAUAUGACGUGACCAUCUUCCAGUAUAUUGGCGAGCUCUGCCGGUACCUCUGCAACCAGCCUAAGGCCGAGGGCGAGAGGGCCCACAAGGUGCGGAUGGGCGUGGGGAACGGGCUGCGGCCCGACGUGUGGCGGGACUUCCACGCCCGCUUCGGGGAGGUUCGCAUGUGCGAGCUGUACGGCUCCACCGAGGGGAACCUCUGCUUCAUGAACCACAUCGGCAAGCUCGGAGUCGUGGGCCGCUCCAACUUCUUCUACAAGCUCCUUUUCAAGUACGAUCUGGUGAAGUACGACAUGGUGAGAGAGGAGCCUGUGAAGGAUGCCCGCGGCUUUUGUCAGCGAGUAAAAAAGGGCGAGACGGGGCUCUUGCUAUCUAAGGUGAGCGCCGCCAGCCCCUUCUUCGGCUACGCCGGCAGCAAACAGCUGACUGAGAGACGGCUGCUGAGGAACGUGUUCUCCUCCGGGGACGCCUACUUCAACACCGGGGACCUGAUGGCCGAGGACAAGGAGGACUUCAUCUGCUUCAAAGACAGGGUCGGGGACACCUUUAGGUGGAAGGGAGAGAAUGUGGCCACGACCGAGGUGACGGAGACCCUGGGGCUGGUGGGGUUCAUUCAGGAAGCCAACGUGUACGGGGUGGAGGUCCCAGGCCACGAGGGAAGAGCCGGGAUGGCUGCUGUCAUUGUGAGGCUGGGCCACGAGUUUGACGGGAAGGCCUUAUUCGAGCACGUUGUAACGGAUCUGCCAGCUUACGCUCGACCUGUCUUCAUAAGGAUUCAGGAAUUCAUUGAAAUCACCGGAACGUUUAAGCAGCAAAAGUUCCAACUGGUACAGAGCGGCUUCGACCCGUCCACCAUCUCGGAGCCCCUCUAUGUCGUGGACUAUGUACAGAAGAGCUACGUCCCGCUCACAGACAAUGUCUACCAGAGCAUCUUGGCAGGGGAACAGAAGCUCUAGAGCCCUUGCUUUGGCUCAACCGUCUCCGUCGCCAUGGGUUCCACAGAAGUAAUGGAAACAAAUUGUAAAAUUCUUCACGACGAAUGGCCAUUGUGUUCUCCGCGGUACAAGCAACCUGACAAUCACACUGACGUUAAGCGCAUUGUUGUUUAACAUCACGGACACCUCCGUUCUGCACUUAAGAAUUAUAACGCAACUAUUUAUACUGGUCCCAUCCUUAUUUUUUCGGAGGAAACCUGAUGCCUCAGAAUACUAUAUUUACCUGAAUCCUAGUUGGAACCAUGGAGAUGAUAGUCACAACAAUAUUCCUCUCUGUGACCAUCAAGAAUAUCACAUUUCUUAUGGUCACACAGGAGGUUGAGGCAUACAUGCUAAAAUGAUAUCAAUAAAAAAUGAUAUAGUGAUUAAACAUUAAACCUGGGAUGCAACCCAACAUUCUGCAGUUUUUUGCUCUAUGUUGUGAAAACACUACUAAUAUUGAAUGUAAUUCAUUAAUAGUACGAUAUUAAAUAAGUAAAGCUGUUGAUCUCAGUUUCAGCCUUACAUGGCAGACUUCAGUUAACUUGACAAUGACGAUGGAACAAAAUAAGGAUGAAGGAAGACAUUAACUGUGUCUUAACUAUUGUUGUUUGUUUGAACGAUAGAACGAUGGACAGAAAGCUCUGUCUUGUCUGUCGACCACCAUGCCUAACCCCUCCACAAAGUGCAAGAUAUGUUACUUUGCACCUGAAUGUUUGUCCAAGGUUGGUAGGCUCAACCGCAUUGUAGCUAUGCUGUCUAUAGUCUGUGAUACAAGAGCUGUCGUAAACCCGAAAGGACUAGGACUUUCAUUGGUCAAGCAGAGGUGAAGUUUAGCUAUUUUCGCUCACCACGAAAAAAAAAAAAAAGUGCAUUUAAGAUACAAAUUAAUUAUGUCGGCAGGGGUACAGUUCAGCACAGUAGGAACACCGGUUUUGAAGAUAUAAGGCCUACGUUGAAGACUUCCCAUCUUUAACACAUUAGCACACAUUAGCUUAAAGCUAAACUUGUGUAUUCUUUAGACCAAAUUGAAAAACGAUAAGGUUUAGGAAAUGUUUUUAAUCCGAGAGUUGAAUGUAAUUAACAACUACACUGUGCAAGCCAGAAAACAUUCACAGUAAACGCUAUGCUUCUUAUAGCAUCACCACUCAGGACUAGCUUUUCUCGUUAAUAAUGCAAUACUAAAUAUUUGAUACAGUUUUCAUAGUUUAAACCGUGAAUACUGUUCUUUUUGGAUCUUCUAAUAUUGAGAGGAUUGUAAUGAUGCACUUGAAUUACAUUAAGACUGAAAGAACGUAUUUAAUUGAGAGUUCUAUGUUUGGUUUGUCAGAGGGUAGCCUAAUGGUGUGUCUAUGUUGAAUAAGCCAUGUUGAGGGUGAUAAUGUGUACACAAAUAAAGCAUGAUGAUAUGUAAAAAGUAUGAAGGAAUGGAUAGCUCAACACUUGAAAAUCGUAUGUAAAUCAUAUUUGGCUAUCAUUGUAAAAAGAAUAUCAAUUUAUUACACACGGUUUAAACACCAUUUUGUAAUUUCUUUGUGAGAAUGUUUUGAAAAAACACUGUAAUUUACUCUCAGAAGGUGACAAUUAAAAACGUUAUUUUUUUUAGUAUAAUAUUUUAAACAUCGUUUUUUCAUUGUUAUUAUUAUAUUGCUACAUUUCCACCUUGUCAUAUAAUGUGAAUGGUUUUGCUCGUUGCAGAUAUAUAUUGCUGGUAGGAGACUACUUUCUAAACUUUCCACUGACUGCUGCCUUAUAAGGUGCGAGAUGAAACAACCGCUCUACCGGUGCACUUCACCUUCCACCACGGGUUUCACAGACCACAUUGAUAGGAGACCGUGUUGGGUUUUAAAAGUAGGCCUAGACCUAAAUCGUUUGCAGAACUGAAGGUGGAUCGUUUUACCGGUAAAGUACUCAAAAUACUAUCAUUCGUCCAAGGGGUUGGCACACGUCUGGCAACACUAAAUGUCGAAAUAAAUAAAUGUUAGUUCA